UCAUGAAGAAAAAGGUAUAAAAGUGGGAUUCUGAAUACAGCUUCACACAAUCCUCAUUAAAGUUCUGAAAGCAAGAAUCCAAAAAGCGAUUUAUCAUGGCAGUGAUGAGAGGUCUUGUGCUUCUUUUCUUGGUCUUUUCUGGGGAGAAUGCAGCAGCUGAAGACUGUAAAUUUGGAUGGACACCUUUUGGAGUGGAAUGCUUCAAGUUCUUCCCCGAGGCAGUUAACUGGGUCACAGCAGAGAAAAAUUGUGAAAGCCUUGAUGCAAAUCUUGCGUCUGUGCGCAGUAAAGCACAAAAUGAGUUUCUCCUUAGUCUGGUACCUGUUAACACACGUGUUUGGAUUGGAGGUCAUGAUGGUGAAAUGGAAAAACAAUGGCUGUGGACAGACGGAUCUCCAUUUGACUACACCAACUGGUGCGAUAUACAACCUGACAAUAAUGAUGGUACUGAACACUGCCUGGAACUAAACACUUCCAAUAACCAUUGCUGGAACGAUGAAACCUGUACUAGCACACUGGGUUACAUUUGUGCUCGAAACCGCUGAUGAGAAUUCUGCAUACAGUACACCUU